GCGGGCGGAGAUGCGGCUACGACUGCUCCUGCUGGCGCCCCUGCUGCUGGCCCCGACUCCCACGUCCUCGGUUCCUAACGUGAAGCGUCAGAGUGAUACCUGGGGCCCCUGGGGUGAGUGGAGCCCCUGCAGCCGGACCUGCGGAGGGGGCAUCAGCUUUCGGGAGCGCCCCUGCUACUCCCAGAGGAGAGAUGGAGGCUCCAGCUGCGUGGGCCCCGCCAGGAACCACCGCUCCUGCCGCGUGGAGAGUUGCCCCGAUGGCGCCCGGGACUUCCGAGCGGAGCAGUGCGCGGAGUUCGAUGGCGUGGAGUUCCAGGGCCGACGGUACAGGUGGCUGCCCUACUAUGGCGCCCCAAACAAGUGUGCACUGAACUGCAUUCCCAAGGGGGAGAACUUCUACUACAAGCACAGGGAGGCCGUGGUGGACGGGACGCCCUGUGAGCCUGGCAAACGGGACGUCUGUGUGGAGGGCAGCUGCCGGGCUGUGGGCUGUGACCACGAGCUAGACUCGGCAAAGCAGGAGGACAAGUGUCUGCGGUGUGGGGGUGACGGCACAGCCUGCUACCCUGUCUCGGGCACCUUUGACGCCAAUGACCUCCAAAGAGGCUACAACCAGAUCCUUAUUGUUCCCCCGGGGGCCACCAGCAUCCGCAUGGUGUGGUGUCCCCACCCCACUGACCUGGGCUCCGUGAAGAACGUUCACGGGGAAUACUACCUCAACGGGCACUGGACCAUUGAGGCAGCUGGGGCCCUCCCGGUGGCCAGCACCAUCCUGCAGUACGAGCGGGGCACUGAGGGGGACCUGGCCCCUGAGCGGCUGCAGGCCCGGGGCCCCACCUCAGAGCCCCUGGUUGUCGAGCUCAUCAGCCAGGAGCCCAACCCGGGGGUGCACUACGAGUACUACCUGCCGUUGGGCAGCCCCCGUCCCGGCUUCAGCUGGAGCCACGGCUCGUGGAGGGACUGCAGCGCCGAGUGUGGUGGAGGUCACCAGUCCCGCCUGGUGUUCUGCACCAUCGACAACGAGGCCUACCCUGACCACAUGUGCCAGCACCAACCACGGCCGGCUGCCCACCGCUCCUGUAACCCUCAUCCCUGCCCACAUGCCAAGCGCUGGAAGACAGGGCCCUGGUCGCCCUGCUCAGCCUCCUGCGGAGGCGGCUCUCAGUCCCGCACUGUCUACUGUGUCCUGUUUGAUGGGGCCGGCGUCCAGGAAGCCACCCAGGAGGUGGCGUGUGCUGGCCUUCCCGGGAAGCCACCGACCACCCAGGCCUGCAACCUGCAGCGCUGCGCAGCCUGGAGCCCAGAGCCCUGGGGAGAGUGCUCUGUCAGCUGCGGUGCCGGCGUCCGAUGGCGGAGUGUCAUGUGCCGGGGUGACGAGGGGUCUCUGCUCCAUGCCACGGCAUGCUCAUUGGAGGACCAGCCACCACUCACUGAGCCCUGUGUGCGCGAGGACUGUCCAUCCCUCAGUGACCAGGCCUGGCGUGUUGGCAUCUGGGGUCUAUGUUCCAAGAGCUGCAGCUCGGGCACUCGAAGACGACAGGUUGUCUGUGCCCUCGGGCCACCCAGCCACUGUGGGAGCCUGCAGUGGUCGAAGCCUGCAGACGCGGAGCCCUGUAACACGCAGCCCUGCCAUCUUCCUCAGGAGGUCCCCAGCGUGCAGGAUGUGCACACUCACGCCAGGGAACCCCAGAUGUCUUCAGGUCCUCAGGAACCCCCCGCCUCAGACCCCAGAGACAUGUGGGGGACAGCCCAGGAGCAGCCCUCCUCCUGGGAUCACCCUAGAGGAGACCAGGACCCCCGUCUGUCAGCCCGGGGCCCAGCCCCCUCUCUGCAGCAGUCCCCACACCGGCUGCCCCCAGGGUCCAGCUCAGGGCCUGGUGACUGCAGAUACAGCCCCCACGGGUGCUGCCCUGAUGGCCACACGGCAUCCCUUGGGCCACAGUGGCAAGGCUGCCCUGGGGUCUCCUGUCAGCAGAGCCGGUACGGGUGCUGCCCCGACGGGGUGUCUGUGGCGGAGGGACCCCAUCACGCUGGCUGCAUGAGGUCUAACGGCGGUGACAACACAUCGGGCAGGCCUGGGUGGAGGGCCGUGGCUUCCACGGCCCCCAGUGCCCACCAGCCCCAGGCCCAGCAGAAUGAGCCCAGCGAGUGUCGGGGCUCCCAGUUCGGCUGUUGCUAUGACAAUGUGUCCCCUGCUGCUGGCGCCCUGGGGGAAGGCUGUGUGGGCCAACCCAGCUACCCCUACCCCGUGCGGUGCCUGCUGCCCAGCGCCCAUGGCUCCUGCCGUGGCCGGGAGCUGGGACUCAGGGCCGCGGGACUGGGCGGAGAUGCUGGACGGCCAGCGCCCCCGUCUCUCAGCUCCUCCUAUAGGAUUAGACUGGGGGGCUUGGAGCCGGCCUUGGUGCAGGCGGCCCUGGGUCAGUCAGUGCAGCUCUUCUGCCCAGAGGACACCUCUCUGGGAGCCCAGGCUGGAUGGCAGAAAGAUGGCCAGUACAUCUCCUCUGACAGGCACAAGCUGCAGGCCGACGGCUCCCUGGUCAUCAGCCCGCUGCGGGCAGAGGACGCCGGCACCUACAGCCGUGCCAGCUCUGGGCCGGGUCAUGGCUCCCAGGAGAUCCAACUUCGUGUCACAGGUCCUUAUCCCCACUCCAUCGGCCAGUGGACCCUCUGGGGCUGGAGGGCAGACGCAGAGCCUGAGGCUGAGCAGAGGCAGGUCCCUGAGACCAGGGGCUCUGGCCUAGGGCGCCUCCGUGGGUCCUUGCUCACCCCACCCAUGGCUCCCGGGGUUCCAGGGCUCCCCAGCACCCCAGCAGUUGGACUGGUGCAGUUCAUGGGCCCAGGACUGGGGAACCAGGGAGGGGACAGCAGCGGAGGCGGUGUCUUGGCUGGAGGGUCUGGCCCCCUGGAGGGGGCUCUACGCAGAGGGGCAGAGUGGAUGGAACUGGGGGGCUGCUCAACCUCUCACCAGGAGAAGCAAGGCUCUGGGGGCCUACAGCUGAGUAUAGCUAGUGGAAGACCUGCCCUCCUCCCUCCAACCCUGCCCCUCACCCCCCACACUGACUCCCCUUGGGCUGGAGCCAAUGGCCUGUGCUUGGUACCCAGACACCAGCUGCAGCCUGAUGGCUCUCUGGUCAUCAGCCAAGUGGCCGUGGAAGAUGGUGGCUUCUACACCUGUGUCACUUUCAAUGGUCAGGACCGAGACCAGCGCUGGGUCCAGCUCAGAGUUCUGGGGGAGCUGAUGAUCACAGGGCUGCCCCGUGCUGUGACAGUGCCGGAGGGUGACACAGCCAGGCUCUCCUGUGUGGUGGCAGAAGGUGUGAACGUCAGAUGGUCCAGGAAUGGACUGCCAGUACCAGCUGACGGCCACCGCGUCCACCAGUCCCCGGAUGGCACACUGCUGAUCCACAACGUGCGGGCCAGGGACCAGGGCUCCUACACAUGCAGCGCCUACCGUGGCAGCCAGGCGGUCAGCCGCAGCACCGAGGUGAAGGUGGGCCUGCCAGCACCUGCCGCCCAGGCCAGGGACCCCGGCCGAGAGUGCAUUGACCAGCCGGAGCUGGCCAACUGUGACUUGAUCCUGCGGGCCCAGCUCUGUGGCAACGAGUACUACUCCAGCUUCUGCUGUGCCAGCUGCUCCCAUUUCCAGCCUCACGCUCUGCCCGUCUGGCAACAGGGAUGAAGACGGGCUCCAGCCCCAGUUCCAAACAGUUCUCAGGGCUGGGGAGAAGGGAAGACGGGCUGUCAGGCUCCUCUCUCUGGCCAGCAAGGGUGAUUAUCUCCUGAGGCCCCUCUCAAGACCCCACGCAGUCUGGCCUC